AUGGCUCGUCUGGAUCACGUCAUCACAAACAUUGUGGAUAUAUUCCUGGAGUACGCCGAAGAUGAGGGCAAGAAGCGUAAGUUAAACAAGGAGGAAUUAAAGAAAGUGUUGCAGCAAGAAAUACAAAGUCCUGAGUUGAAAGGUUCAAUCAAUGCAGAUGAUAUUGAGGAAGCCAUUCAGAUGCUGGACAAAAACCAUGACGGUGUCAACUUCCGGGAGUUUUGUCGGUGUGUGUCGUACCUGGCCAAGUGCCACUACAAAAAGAAAAAAGGCAAGGGAGGCAAAAAAGGCAAGGGUAAAGAACAGGAACGUGACCAAGAAGACUGA